GUGGCAACGACGUACGGAUCGGUCGAUCCUCAUGGACGACAUGGACGACUCUCGCCUGUUCAUGCAGUGGGCGGUGAGCACACUGGAGCAGCAGGAUCCAGGAGCCGCCGGCGGCGGCCAGAAGAGCGCCGGCUUCCUGUGUCUCCAGGCGCUCCGCGAUUCCUCGGAGCUGGCGGAAGCACAGAACAGUCUGAGCUCCGGCGACGACACCGGCGGCUGUGGGGGAAUCAUCAGCCCAGCCUCUGAUGCGGCUGUGCACCAAGGCAGUUGGUCCACGUCGUCCCCGACCUCGGGCGGGCCGUUCGCGUCCAGCAGCACCGGCAGCAGCGACGCCCUGUCUACAAGCUGGAACUUUGGCGCUGUCUUGCCGCCGCAGCCGGCUGGCAGCGGGGGCGGGGGCACGCGAGCGCCGCUUCUUUCCGGCGUGUCACAGUUGAUGAGGAGGGCCCCCACAAAGGGCCCGCCGCACGCGCAAGACCACGUCAUGGCGGAGCGGAAGCGCCGGGAGAAGAUCAACCAGCGCUUCAUCGAGCUCUCCGCUCUCAUUCCCGGCCUCAAGAAGGUCUUUGAAUAUGUCGAAUCCCCUGUCGGGAAAUGCUUAAUUGAUUUGGUUACGUUAUUUCCGUUCGAUCAGAUGGACAAGGGGACGAUUCUUACCGUCGCGACGAGAUACGUGAAGGAGCUCCAGGAGAGGGUGAGGUCACUGGAGGCUGCCGGCGGCAACCAUAGGAGCGUCGAGACCGUGGUGCUCGUCAGGAAGCCGUGCCGCCCUGUCGCGCCAGACGACGGCGAGGGCUCCGCACGGUUCCUCUUGGCGGCCGGGACGCCAGCAACUGGAAACCAGCUGCCGGAGAUCGAGGCAAAGCUCUCGGAGGACAACGUCAUGGUGAGGAUCCACUGUGAAAUGAAUGGAAAGGGUCUGGUCUCCAGGGUUCUCACGGAGGUCGAGGAGCUCCACCUCCGCAUCGUCCACAACGAUGUGAUGCCGUUCACGGCGUCCACCGUGAUUAUCACCACCAUGGCAAAGGCAAGUUAUCAUCAGUAA